AAAGUUCCCUAGUCAAAGUUCUGCAUAAAAAGGCCUUAAGCUGCUAUGGAAACUCAUUCCAAGAAAAUGGCAGAAGUCAAGCUCUUCAGAACAUGGUCUAGCCGUUUUGCUUUGAGAAUAGUCUGGGCACUGAAGCUCAAAGAUGUCCAAUAUGAUACCAUCUUUGAAGAUCUCUCAAACAAAAGCCCUCUGCUUCUUCAAUACAACCCUGUUCAUAAGAAGGUUCCAGUGCUUGUGCACAAUGGAAAAUCAGUUGCUGAAUCACUUGUGAUCCUUGAAUACAUUGAAGAAACAUGGAAACAGAACCCUUUGCUAUCCGAAGAUCCUCACGAAAGAGCCGCUGCACGCUUUUGGGCAAAAUUUGGUGAUGAAAAGGUAUUGCCAUCUAUUUGGGAAGCCUUCAACAGUGAAGGGAAAGAGCAAGAGGAAGGUAUUGUGAAGGCCAAGGAGAACUUGAAGUACCUGGAAGAGGAGCUAAAAGGGAAGAAAUUCUUUGGGGGAGAGCAUAUUGGAUUUGCAGAUAUUGCACUUGGAUGGCUUGCAGAACUUGAGAAUGUGUUUGAAGAGGUAGCUAGCAUGAAAGUGAUAGCAGAAGAUGAGUUUCCAUUGUUAUCAGAAUGGAAAAGGACUUUUGCAGAUGCUCCUAUAAUCAAAGAGAAUUGGCCUCCCAGAGACAAACUUGUCACCAAAUAUCAGGCUUUUCGAGAGGCCAACCUCUUGAACAAGGCACCUAAAUGAAAUGGUUUGUGACACCAGAGAAGAAUAGCAGCAGAAGACUAGAUGAAAAUCUGUGUUUCCAAAUGAAGUUCAAACUCCAGUAUCAAAUACUCGAGGCAUAUAAAAUUUUCUUUUUGUCA